GUGGUAGUGUGUUAGUGUGGAAUCGGCAAUUUGCCUCUACGUUAUAUUUUUUGUGGAAGACAUGUUAUGAAACAUUCUAAUCUCUUCAAAAUGGAAGAGGUAUCGACUGCUGAGCCACAUCCACCACCUGACCGUCGUGAGAUUAUCGACGUAUCGCCUGAGGAGUUUGAAGAGUCGCAACGCUUCAUUCAAAGUGAAGAUGCUAUUAUGGAUGAUUCUGUUUUCUCUCAUAUUCGUAAAGUGAUAUCUUACAAGUACCGUGAAGCUGCUGCUGCGUCUGAAGAUGGUAGCAAUUCUGUUAACAAUGGAGAUUCUCGUGAGAAGCAUUCUGAAUGUUUAGCUGAGCUUAACACAACUGUACUGAACACUCUUGUUGACAACUAUGUUGGUUAUGCUUGGCUCUGUGAAGUAUGUGCUCGAUGGAUUGAGGAACUGAAUAUGUCAAACAGUCACUAUUUAACUACCCAUGCAUUGAAUGACCGCGUAGACGGUGGAGUUACUAGUAGCAUUGGCACCCAAGGUAUAAUUCUUGAGGCGUUGAUGAAUUAUCUCACCCAGAAGUACGACUCUGAGAAGAUGCGCGUAUACAUGGAGGACAAGGGUGACCACGGCAAGUGGAACCCUCCUGAGUUGUACUGGACAUUGAUGAAAUCGCCUUUGGUGGUAUCCCACAUGAUCAAGAUAUAUCACGAGCGUCCUAAGGAUGAAUUUCUAAGUUCCUGGUAUCAGGACUAUAUCAACAAUGCUAGUACCAACAUGAAGAUGUCUCAUUCCGACAUUGACCUGGAGGGUCUUUCUCGUAUUACAAGCAAUUUUAGUGUAUUUACAUUACGUAUGUCAGAAGAGAUCCGUCGUUUCUUACUUAAGGAUGACAUUUUGGAUUCCACAGAGUUGGAUAAUAACACUCCUUUAAGCCCACUGUUUUGGCACGCUGAGAACGCAUAUAUAUACUCGCAGGCACUACUACAUUUUAUUUACCAAUGGCGGAUUGAUCUUCGUGGUUGUAGGCGACUAUCGCAACUGGUGGCGCGUACUACCAUGAAUCCCGUUAGUGGUUUAUUCCCUGAUUUGGGUAAGAUUGACGGCAAGCUAUGUGAGUGGAGUGCUUCGCAGAUUCAUUUGCUUAUGACUAAUUUUGCCAGGUUUCCCAAUCUUCACAGUGCGUUUAAACGUCUGUGUUCCAACCAUCACAUAUCAUCUUUUAAACUGAACGAGCUGGACGUUUGUGACUUUUACGAUGAAUUGAACAAGAUUUUGAACGCUUUUGACAGUUAUGGCGUUUUGCUAUUUGAUCAAUCCAGAGAAUCGGUUCCUAAAGACAGGGCUGGUCAGAUGAUAGUUUCUGACGAUGUUGAUGAGUCUGUAUCGCAAUAUGGUGACACCAGUCGCAAUGAUGAGUAUAUGCGUUUGCGCAAUGCUCCUGAGAUGCCUCCUUUAGAGGCUAUUCGUGAAAGUGACAUUUUGAACCAGUUAAUUGAGGAUUUUGCUAACGAAGACGUGACCCUUCCCGAUUCUAACACUUGGAUUCGUUAUGCCAACCUCUUAGUUCUUUUAUCGGUAUAUUCACCCUAUGAAAUGCUAUACUUCCAUUAUGACGAUCUUGUUUGUGACCACAUGAAGCGUUUACCUCAGCGUGAAGUUUGGAAGCAAUUUUAUUUACCGGAUUCUGAUGGUGACAGUAGUUUAGAUGACAUAGAGCACAUGCGUGACUAUGGUGUUGGAUCUCAGGAUGAUUCUUACGAUGAGGAAGGGGAGUCUAGUGCUGUAUACUCCACUGAUCCUCAAUCCGCAACAUACACUCCUAAUGCCGAAUCGGACUAUAGCCUCAGUGACGAUGUUAACGAUUUGGAGGAUGGCGAAUCGGGUGUUAAUAAGGCUUGGCGAAGGCUGAGUAUCCAAUCUCAGUCAUCUGGAUCGAUGGGCCAGGCACUUUCUUCCAUUAUUUCAUCUAGUGACUUUGAGAGUGACGUGAACAAUAACAUGGAGUUGGAAUCUACAUCAAGUUACUACGGCGGAAAGGUACGCCUAGUUCCAUCGGAUCCUCCAUUAAGUGACCCCGACAAGCGUCACAUUGAUACUGUUGCCGGUGACAUGGUAACUUCUCGUAUUAAACGUGCUCGUAAAUCAGAUAUACUUCCAUCUGAUAUUGGUGACGACGAGCUUCUCGAGAUUAAAAGCACUCUGGCAAGUGCUAUUUACAAGAAUAUGAACGAAGACAGUCGUUUGGGUGCUCCUAAGAACAUUUCUGCAGAGCGUUUGUAUGAGAUGAAGGAGAUUUAUGCGUCGUUUAAGGUCCAAAGUGACAAGGUUAAGGCCAUAGCUCGUAAAGAGUUGUAUCAUUUGUAUAAGGUUAUCCACACCCCUUCUAUGAAACCACAUCAGCGUGAUUUAGAGAUGCGUGAUGUGAUAUCUACAGUGAUUGCUUCAUCCGUCGUGAUGGCAUACAUUCGUCACAGCGUUGUAAAGCAACGGUCUAUCGCUGCACUAUGUAACUUCAAAUUGCUUUUACUCAAGGAGAUUGCUGACAAGCAUACUGUAAAGCGUAUGCCGAUAGCUUUAUUUUUACGCGAUGUUUGUAUUGCGUGUGCUGAGGGCAAGCUUGGUUCCGUUAGCAGUGCUGUUAAAUUGGACCGUCUGGAGUGUAUAGUCGAUCUUUUGGUUUACCUUACAAGAUUCGAGCGUCAGUGCGUACUUGUAGUAUCGAUAUUCAAUUCAUUUAUGCACCAGAUGGAUAGGAGUAUAAGCAGGCACUUUAUUUCUAUGUUGUUGCGUUAUUGUGGCGCUCCUUAUGGUAAUCAAUUUGUCUACCAUGUUCUUAAACUGGUUGAGAAUUAUCUCAGUUUGGGAACCACUGGUACGUCGAAUGUAUUGAACGCCAAUGAAGCUAACGUCAUCAAUAAUUACGUUCGCCCAUUUUUGGAUGAGUGCGCUCAGACUUGGUCCAGUAACUCUACUAUGGCUCCCAUAACCAGGCGAUGCGAAUCUUUGCUCAAAACGCAGAGUUUAUAGGUUUCCUAUUACGCCUAGCAUCCAAUGGAACAACUUUACUAUAAGAGUAACGAUGCUAGA